GGAUCGGAGGACGUAAAAGAGGAAGAAACUGACUGGCCAAAUGGCAUACACGAGAGAGGAUGAACUGUCCGAAGAAGAACUGAACAAAGUGCGAGAAACCUUUGCCAAAUUUGACACAGAAAAGAAAGGCACAGUCUCUUUUGUUGAUGUUGGCGAGAUUCUACGCACAGCUGGACGUUUCAUCGUCGACAAGCGGUUUAAGACGCGACUGAAGGAGAUGCAGCCAGAUGACAACGAGCGACAGGUACAGUUCACGGAACUUAUCGAAAUGAUCACAACUCACACGAGGGCCGUUGAGCCAAACGACUUACGCGAUGCUUUUCGAGUGUUCGACCGCGAUGGGCACGGGUUCAUCACGUCAGCCGAGCUUCGUCACAUCGUUACCACGCUGGGCGAGAGAAUGACCGACGAGGAAGCUGACCAACUUAUCCGAGAUGCUGACACAAACAACGAAGGACACAUCGACUACGAGGAAUUGAUCAAGUUGCUCACAGCUCCAAAGUCACAGGAAUAAACUCUGCAGAAGGCA